CCCAGCGGAGAAACAAGCAGCAGCCAGCACCAGUAGUAGUUAGUAGUAGACGGCAGCAGCCGACGUGGAUCGGUCACGUUGUUGUCGCUGACGACGACGACGACGACAACGACGACGUGUUUCGCGUUAUUAUGUCAACGUUGUGUUAAACAACAACAAUGUCCGGAGGAUCGGAAAGAAUGGUCGAAGGGGGUGCAACAACAACUAACACCAACACCCCGGUGACAACAUCUCCGUCGUCUUAUUACGGACGUUCCGGCGUCUUGGAGACCCACGUCCGCGGCCAAUGGUACAGAGUUUUCGUAACCUUAGAAGAUGAUUAUCUAAGUAUAACGUUAGACGAAUCCUGUGAAAACGCCACGACUCUUAACGGCACGCUAAAUAAUAACGUGGAAACGCCGAGCGGCGGCUGCGGAGAUCCUCCUGACGUUCCAGACGCCGUCGCGAAUCAAAAACGCGUCGUCAGGGUGGUCAAAUCGGAUAAUAACGGUUUGGGGAUUUCGAUUAAGGGUGGUCGCGAAAAUAAGAUGCCCAUUUUGAUUAGUAAGAUUUUCAAGGGGAUGGCCGCCGAUCAAACCGAACAACUUUACGUUGGAGAUGCGAUUCUUUCGGUAAACGGAGAGGAUCUCAGGGAGGCCACUCACGACGAAGCCGUUAAAGCUCUUAAAAGAGCCGGGAAAGUUGUGGAACUUGAAGUAAAAUAUUUAAGAGAGGUAACUCCUUACUUUCGUAAGGCAAGUAUAAUCUCGGAAGUCGGAUGGGAAUUGCAACGUGGAUUUCUAACUGGAGCUCCACCGGCGGUGAGAUCUCCACAAAGAGCGGACACCCGGUACCUACCAUUGCAACUGUGUCAUCUGGCUAGGAACUUUAGAUACCCAGAUCCAGAGGCAAGGAUACUAGAGCUUCAUUCGCCGGAUGCGGUCCACAGCUGUGUGCUGAGAGCUUCAGAUCCAGGCGAAGCUGCCGCUUGGUUUAACACGUUACAUUCCGCAUUGGCCAUUUUAACCACAGCGGCUUUACAUGAAGCGUCCAGAGCAAUACCGGAUCUUCGUCACAUAGGCUGGUUAUUAAGAAGACCCAGAUCAGAGAAUAAUAUGUCAAGUUCUGAAAGUUCCGAUGAUAUGGAUAGAUGGCAUUCCAUUUUUGCGGCGGUAACCGACAGCGAAUUGAGAUUAUACGAAAGCGCUCCAUGGUCAGGUGAAGCUUGGAAAGCCCCAGCAGAAGCUUACCCCCUUAUAGCAACUCGACUGGUUGGAUCAAUCGGGAAAAGAGCCGAGCUUCCGGAAUUUAGUAUACGCUGCGCGACUUCCGAUGGCGUUAUUACUCACAAUUUGCGAGCUGAAACCCACAGGGAUCUUGCUGGAUGGGCGAAAGCUCUCGUCAAUGGAAGUCAUGCAAGUGCUGUUACACAGAGGGAGCUUAUGUGUA